GAGCGAGGGGGAGGGUGCAAUAGGAUGAAAGACUUGAUGUUUGCGCCCUGCGUGCUUUUUUGCGUUUUUCCAGAUGACAACAUAAUUGGUGACACAGCAAAGACCGUUAAGGCUCCACUAGGUGUGGAGGUAUUGUUUGGGACCUUCACGGAAUGGGGUUAUCAGACCCUUUACCAAGAGGACCUUUGUUGGUAUGACAGAUGGGGAAUUGGGUUAACGGACCUUGAAAUGAGAGGAGUGCCUGAAGGACAUUCAGAAUUCAAAGAGAGGUGGAGUGAGUUCCAAAGGAAGAUGCAAGCGAAACACAUUGAUGACUUUGGUUUGUUACAUUUCUCCGGCACAGUGCUUGACAAAUACCACGAGACAAACCACUUUGAGACUCCACCUCAAGUGUGUUUAAAUGGUCGGUUCUUCAGCCAGUAUUUCAUGAAUUACAUCAACAUGAUGCACAACGCGGUUGCACUUGAUCGCACAGCGAAACCUUUGCUUUCGUUCAUGCACUUUAACACUGGGCACGAAUACACUGGAAAACGAAUAGUCAACAUGGACGCUAACAUGGCCAAGUUUCUGAUCAACAUGGCUGCCUGUCCUAACGCUCUAACUAUGAUAUUUUCCGACCAUGGAAACAAAAACACUCAGUACAGCUACAACUCCGAGGAAGGAAUGAGAGAGGUGUUCGACCCAGUCUUUUUCGUCAUUGUUCCUGACGGGGUUGCUGAAAGACUGGGCCGACAGCGGAUGUUCGCUCUGGCUUCCAAUCAAAAACGCUUGUUUACCUUGCUUGAUGUACACAGAGCUCUUAUGAGUUUGAACGACCCCGAGAAAAUGAACUCCCAGAAUUCUUUGGUUGCAGGUAUAUUUGCAGUUUUACCGGCAAACCGCACAUGCGUAGACUUGAAUCUGAUGCCGCUGACCCGGUGCAAGUGUGAAGGUUUCGACAAUUAUAAUCCAGCAGAAGACAACUCCGAAAGUCAUAAGUGGCUGGCGGAAUUUGCGCUAGGAACUUUAAAUGAUGCUAUACAGAAACAACAUAUGGGAGGUAGCGAGAACUCAACUCAAAGAUACGGGUAUGGUAACUGCCAACGCUUAGUAGGCAAAUCGUUUGCAAAUAUUAAGCAACGCUCCCAAGGAAAGUACAUCAUGACGACAAUGGACUUAUACGUGAUCCCUCCAAGCGGAUAUAACGAGAAUGAAAUGUUCAAAGUCUCUCUUAAACACUACGCUAAAGCUAAAGACAAAGUUUGGCUGACAAGCUACGAACGACAGUCAACGUACAGCAAGUUCAAGUCAUGCGCAGAUAACUCAGUUGAUAUCAAGUUGUGCGCAUGCGCUAAUGAAGAAACCGCAAGCUCUACAAAGACUGGUGAAGCGACUGCAAAUGGUGUUCCACUUACAAUGUUCGGUUCGGAGACGAUUGCGAAAGACUUGGACUCAGGCUGUCUUUUAUUCUUGAGACGGAAUUACGCAAAAGUUUCUCUUGCAUUAGAAGUAACAAAUGUGUGCAGCGAUCGCACUUACAAGUUUGAAUUAUCAGGUUCGCCCGGUGAAAGAGUUUAUUCUAACACGCUACCCAUUAGACUCGAAUUAGCCCCAAAGACCUUUUACUUUUUAACAUCAGUGAACAGGUAUACCACUAAGGACAGUUCCCCUUUGUCCUUUGAAGCGAGCGUAGAAGUGAAGGAAAAACAUUUACAGGAAUUCACACAUUUAGGAAAAAUCGACGUUUCAUGAGACCAAAUAAUAAUAAUAAUAAACAAAGAAAAUGCAAUCGAUAUUUUGACGAUUUUCAACCGCCAUGAGUAAACUAGGUUUAUAUUUUUAUCUAUUACAUUGCCAUUUUUACUUACACUAGCCAUUCAUGAAGGAGAAGUGUGGUUUUAAGUUCAAUUAAGAAAUUACAAGAGGCUUCAAUUAAGAAGUAGUACACUGGAGUGCAGUUAUUUGUCUGCCAAUUUCGACUUUUGGUGAGAAUUCUGGCUUUGACCCAUUGAUGUUAAUUUGAGUGAGGUAAUGUGGUUGUUGUACCUAGGAAAGCCAUAGCAAAAUCUCAAAGCUUAGGAUUACAGAGCUGUUUUAUUCAC